AUGACUACAUUCUUGAAGCAGCCUCUUAAGCUGGCUCUGGUGCAGCUCGCAUCAGGAGCGGACAAGGCCGUGAACCUGUCGAAUGCUCGGAGCAAAGUCCUCGAAGCCGCGAAAGCUGGUGCGCGAUUGAUAGUCCUCCCUGAGUGCUUUAACUCGCCCUACGGCACGAACUUCUUUCCUAAAUACGCCGAGACUCUCCACCCUUCCCCUCCCACGAAAGAACAAUCGCCCUCCUUCCACGCGUUGUCGGCCAUCGCCGUCGAGGCAAAUGCAUACCUAGUUGGAGGAAGUAUUCCAGAGCUGGAGCCAUCCACCAAGAAAUACUACAACACGUCGCUGGUCUUCUCGCCAUCGGGCGCGCUGAUCGGCACCCACCGCAAGACGCAUCUCUUCGACAUUGACAUCCCGGGAAAGAUCCAGUUCAAGGAGAGUGAUGUGCUGUCUCCUGGAAACCAGUUAACCGUUAUCGAUCUUCCGGAUUACGGCAAGAUCGGGCUGGCCAUCUGCUACGAUAUUCGUUUCCCCGAAGCUGCCAUGAUUGCCGCCCGCAAGGGCGCUUUCCUGCUUGUCUACCCCGGCGCAUUUAACACCACCACUGGUCCUCUCCACUGGUCGCUGCUUGGCCGUGCCCGUGCUGUUGACAAUCAGUCAUAUGUGGCGCUGUGCAGUCCGGCGCGUGACCUUGAUGCUUCCUAUAAUGCUUAUGGCCACAGCUUGGUCGCCGAUCCCAGCGCAAACAUUCUCUCUGAAGCUGAGGAGAAGGAGACUAUUGUCUAUGCUGACUUGACCAAUGAUGCUGUCGCCAACAUCCGGAGUAGCAUUCCGAUCUACACUCAGCGACGAUUUGACCUUUACCCUGAUGUGAGUGCCGGUCAGGAGUAG